CCCGGGCGAUGCGGCCGCCUAUCAGGUGGCUGGCGCUGAGAGCUAAUCCUGUUGAAAAUAGAAAUGUUUGCCGCCUCGGGACGGAGCGCGGAGGACGGGGGACGCCGGAGCGAUGCCACCGGCCCCUCGGAGUCAGUCAUCCAUGUGCACAAGGAGAGAUAGCCUAAUCUUGUCACAGACACUGCGAGAAGGAGGGGAAAUCAAAGUCUCAAGCGCUCGCUUGCAAAGACUCGAGCUCGCAGAGGUGAUAUGGAAAGCUCACGAUAGAAACCGGGAAGUUGUUUUUCUUCUUCGAGAGCUUUGAUGCCGUUGAGCCCCAAUUUGCUUAGGCAUGCAUUUGUCACGUAUUGUAUCGUUCGCCACUUUGAAAUUCCAUUCCCCUCAAGGGUACGCUCGGAUCUACAUCAUUUUCCAAGUUUUGAUUUUUCAUCUUUUUUUUCCCAAUGUGUUCAUUAUGGAUUCCUUUGCUGUGCGGUGCAUGUACGGUGGAAUGUCCGAAGCCAAAUGCCAAAUUUGCAGUUGCAACUAAAUCGUGUGGAAAAACAGACCUCAAAUGUCCUCGUGCGUGACGGCGGAAAACCGCACUCGGCCUGAUUUUAACCAACGUCGCAGGAUUUUUCUUGAUGAUAAGAAUACCGACUGGGAAUGAAUGUGUCAUAAGCGGACUCGUUCAAGGCGGAAAAUUUUUUGUCAGGUUUUAUAAUUGUUGGACGUGAAUGGCAGUAACCGAGUGGAUGACUAAGCAGAAGAGACUCUGAAGGUUGCUGAUCGAUAGGAGGGGGCCGUGAGACCACGGGGAGGGAAUGCGGAUUAAGGAGAUCCAUCCACACAACAUUGCCUGCCUCUCCUCUUCUUGCUCUGCACAGCGAGCUGCUGCAGCGGGAUAUUUGAACCAGCACGCCGACGCUUACUUCCUGACGCCAAAUAUUCCCCCCACCACCGCCGCCAGCCCACGCUUGAAGGUGUCGGACUCGGGGUUGCGCGCGCGUGCGCACGCCUCGGCGGAGCUCGCUCGGAGUUGCCGUCGCGCCGGGGUGGAAAUGCGAAAGGAUGCUCGGCUGCAGCGGCGCUGAGGAUCGCAGCAGGUAACCGAUACGAUGGCGGCUCGGGAAGCGACUGGGCACAGCUUCCUGGUGACGUGCUUGCGGCCCAUCCUGAUCCUGCUGCUGAGCGCCGUGCUGUCCGGCUCGACCACCGGCUGCCCGUCUCGCUGUGAAUGCAACGCCCCGGAGCGCUCCGUGAUGUGCCACCGCAAGAAGCUCAUGACGGUUCCCGAGGGAAUCCCCGCAGAAACCCGGCUGCUGGACCUCAGCAAGAACCGCAUAAGAACCAUCAACCCCGACGAGUUCUCCAACUUUGGCAACCUGGAGCACUUGGAGCUCAGCGAGAACACGAUCUCCACCAUUGAACCCGGCGCAUUCAACAACCUUUUCGGCUUACGGACAUUGGGGCUCCGUAGCAACAAGCUAAAGCUGAUCCAGCUUGGCGUCUUCACGGGCCUGAGCAACCUCACUCAGCUGGACAUAAGUGAGAACAAGAUCGUCAUCCUGCUGGACUAUAUGUUCCAGGAUUUGUACAACCUGCGUUCCUUGGAGGUGGGCGAUAACGACCUGGUUUUUAUCUCCCACCGGGCUUUUCACGGCCUGAGUAGCCUCGAGCACCUGAGUCUCGAGAAGUGCAACCUGUCCUCUGUGCCGACAGAGGCCUUUACCCACCUGCACAGUCUGAUCACACUCAGGCUGCACCACCUCAACAUCAAUAUCAUACGGGAUUAUUCCUUUAAACGUCUCUUUAGGCUCAAAGUGUUGGAAAUUGCCAAUUGGCCAUAUUUGGAUACAAUGACCCCAAAUUGUUUGUAUGGAUUAAACCUGACCUCCCUGACCAUAGCAAAUGCUAACCUGACCACCAUUCCUUACGUUGCCCUAAGGCACUUGGUCUACUUGCGUUUUCUUAACCUUUCCUAUAACCCGAUCCACACCAUCGACGGAAAUAAGCUCCACGAUCUUCUGCGUCUUCAGGAGUUUCACCUGGUCGGAGGGCGACUGGCCAUGAUCGAGCCCUACUCUUUCCGGGGUCUCAAUUACCUGAAGAUUCUCAACGUGUCUGGGAACUCCCUGACCACGUUAGAGGAGUCUGCAUUCCAUUCCGUCGGCAAUCUGGAGACUCUGGCCUUGUACGACAACCCCCUGGCCUGCGACUGUCGCAUGUUGUGGGUAUUCCGGCGGCGCUGGAGACUCAACUUCAACCGGCAGCAGCCGACCUGCGCCUCCCCUGAAUUUGUCCAAGGAAAAGAGUUCAAGGACUUCCCGGACGUCCUGCAACCCAACUACUUCACCUGCCGCAAAUCCAGGAUUAGGGAUCGCAAACCGCAGCAGCAGUUUGUCGACGAGGGAGCCAUCGUUCACUUCGCUUGCGAGGCGGACGGCGAUCCGGCUCCGGCCAUCAUGUGGCUCUCCCCGCAGAAGAAGCUCAUCACCACCAAAACUAUCGGAAGGAUCUCCGUGCUGCCAGACGGCAGCCUCGAGGUCCGCUACGCGCAGAUCCAGGACAAUGGAACGUACGUGUGUAUAGCGAGCAACGCGGGCGGGAAUGACACCGCCCUGGCUCACCUGCACAUUCACAGCUACUCGCCCGACUGGCCGUUCCAGCCCAACAAGACUUUCGCCUUCAUCUCCAACCAGCCCGCAGAAACUGGCGCUAACGACACGCGAGCUAACGUCCCUUUCCCCUUCGACAUAAAGACGUUGAUCAUUGCGACCACGAUGGGCUUCAUUUCCUUUCUGGGCGUCGUCCUGUUUUGCCUGGUGCUGCUCUUCCUUUGGAGCCGAGGCAAAGGCAACACCAAGCACAACAUCGAGAUCGAGUACGUGCCGCGCAAGUCGGACGCUGGCAUGAGCAGCGGCGCGGUGGACGCUCCUCGCAAAUUCAACAUGAAAAUGAUUUAAAAAGAAAGGUCACGUAAGACAUUGCUGAGUACUAAGUACUGGAUCCUGGCGUGUUCGCACAGAGAUUGACUUAAGAACUCUUAGAACGGCGGUCACUGACUUUCAAACGAGAGGAAAUGAAAGCAUGCCCGCCGCAACAAGGCAUUAGUGAGGUCCACGUCGCUCGUGGGAUGAUUUUAAUGAACGUCACGUUCGUCAUAAAAAGUUCAUGUUCCUGUGGUAUAAAAAAAAAACAUAAUUGACGAGAAUUACACUCAUCCAAGCUGCUGGAAUGCGAGAGGUAGAUGUUUUUUGGCCACUGCUAUUUUGCGUCUGUGUUUCUUUAAUUUGAAUCCGCACCACCCACCCCCCAACACCCUGAGGCAACGUCAAGUUAUGAAUGAUGUCAGGAGGGGGGAUGAAACGCCCGUGACGCAUUUGAAGUUCAAAAAAUCCAUAGAUUUAAUCACGCCGUUCUUUUGAACCUGUGAGUCUUUUGUCUGACUUUUAUGAUUUUUUGACAACUGUUAAUAGUCCCAACCAUUGAUCAGAAAUGCUCUCAUAUGUAAAGGACGCGUCAGAAGAUGAGGACACGUUGUUUGGAUAUUGUUAUGAAUCGGUAUUGAUGCGCAAAGGGGCUUCCGUUUUUUGGAAAUAGCUCAAUGGAUAACCACGGCAACGCAACAUUUUACAAACAAGUACACAUGCAAAAAAAGAAAAAGAACAACCACAACUAAUAUUUGAGAGGAAAAAAAGAUGUUUUUUGUCUU